UGUGUGUGUGUGUGUGUGUGUGUGUGGCUAUAGAGGAGGGGAGGGGCUAACUGGCAGGGCCCCGCCUCCUGUUUCCAUGGAUACCACACAAACAAACUGCCUCUGAGCUGCAGAACAGACUCCCGGCCUGUGUGGGUUGCCCCAGUGACUCCCGGCUGCUGCUGCUUUGGGCCCGUGGGCCAGUGUCCUGGUUCUGCUGUGAGACCCACAAACCCCCCGGCACGGUACAGCAAUGCAAAGAGCUUAUUGCCUGUAAGCCUGUGUCCCUGUGGCCCCCAAGAAUGGAGAAGUAUGAGAAGUUGGCCAAGAUCGGAGAGGGUUCCUACGGGGUGGUGUUUAAAUGUCGCAGCCGAGAGACUGGGCAGGUUGUGGCCAUCAAGAAGUUUGUGGAAUCAGAAGAUGAUCCGGUCAUUAAAAAGAUUGCUCUGCGGGAGAUCCGUAUGUUAAAGCAACUCAAACACAACAACCUUGUAAACUUGCUGGAGGUGUUCAGGCGGAAGCGAAAGCUGCACUUGGUGUUUGAAUACUGUGACCACACUGUGCUGAACGAGCUGGAGAAGCAUCCAAAUGGGGUUCCUGAUUCCAUGACCAAGAACAUCAUGUGGCAGAUCCUUCAGGCUGUUAACUUCUGCCAUAAGAACAAUUGUAUCCACCGAGACGUCAAACCCGAGAAUAUUCUCCUCACAAAGCAAGGAGUCAUCAAGUUGUGCGACUUCGGAUUCGCCCGAAUUCUCACCCGGCCCGGGGAUGAUUACACAGACUAUGUGGCUACUCGCUGGUACAGAGCCCCCGAACUCCUGGUCGGAGACACCCAGUACGGAUCGGCUGUCGACGUGUGGGCCGUGGGCUGUGUCUUUGCCGAACUUCUUUCAGGGCAACCCCUGUGGCCAGGAAAAUCUGACAUGGACCAGCUGCACUGCAUCAUCAGGACCCUGGGGAAAUUGAUCCCAAGACAUCAGUUCAUUUUCCAUAGCAACCAGUUCUUUCACGGCGCCAGCAUUCCUGAGCCCGACCCGGCAGAUCUGGAAACACUGGAGGAAAAGUUCCCCAACAUUCCACCUGUUGCUCUCACUUUCAUGAAGGGCUGCCUGCGUAUGAAUCCAGACGAUAGAUACAAAUGUGAGCAUCUCCUAGAAAGCUUGUACUUUAACCCCGCCCGCGAGGAACCCGAGAAACGGAAACCCAAGGGCCGGAGGCGACUUCAGCAGGGUCAGCUCUUGCCCCAACUCCCGGGCAAUGGGAUGUCUCCUGCCCCAGAAGGGAAGAACAAGCCGCGAGCCACAAAGUUUGAUCAUUUCCCCAACAUUUAAAGGGCCGGCACACAGAGUGGGACUGGCACACAGAGCGGGACUGGCACACAGAGUGGGACUGGCACACCGAGCGGGACUGGCACACAGAGCGGGACUGGCACACAGAGCGGGACUGGCACACAGAGCGGGACUGGCACACAGAGCGGGACUGGCACACAGAAACUGCUGCCAAAAACUCCCAUUUGGGGGCAUUUUUUCUGCUACCGGACAUCGCGCCCCCCCACUUUGGAAGACAUUUUAGAACUUCCCUGAAACUGACUUUGAUGAGAGUCUGGGGGGACCUGUAUAUACAAACCCAUAAAUGGAUUAACCCUC